AUGUCUUCAAUAGCCAACAUCUGUUCCUCGGUGAGCCCUGGCUCUAUCCAGCGCAGUUCAGUAUUGCCGGUUCAUCCGGUGAUUCAGGUGAAUGACAACUUAAAGCUCUCCAGCCUGGUGAUUCCAAACAAAGUCACAUUUACAACUCCUAGUGUUGUUGGCAGUCCUCGUGAUUGCGAGAAUGGCAGUUGGUGGUUCCAUCCCUCCGGGUCGGGACACCAGCCCUGGCAACACAUCCUGCAGGAAGAAACCGCAUUUCCAAUCGCGUACACUAUCCUGGCCUUCGAGAGACCAGAUCAGGUGAGUGAAUUGUGGAUGAGUUGCCCUCAUUUGAUGUUGACGAAGAACAUCCACUGA